AUAGAAAAGCAAAUCCAUAAUCUGCUUGCGCAAGCUUUUUCAGACUCUGUAGUUACAGAUUUACUGGUGCUGUACCUCAAAUAUUUCACAUGGCCAUCUGAGGACCAAGAGUGUGCACGCCUGGAGCUAUUUGAUGUGAAGCAGGAUAAAAAUGACCUUCGGUGGAAGUGCAUCAGCAUUUCUCCUCUUAUUGACUGCAGUGUUCUUGUCAUGGGGAGUGUGCCACGGAGGCCGGAUUUUAGUCAUUCCUUUAGAGGGAAGCCAUUGGGUGAACAUGGACAUCAUGAUUAAGGCUCUUCACUCGCAGGGACAUGCUGUUGAUGUGAUACGAACUGAUAAAAGCUGGUACAUCAAGGACGAUUCUCUGCAUUACAAGGCUAUCACCAUUCCUGUUGCUACAGGUUUUAAUCAUGAUUUCAUCAACCCCAUCCUUAAAAAAUUAAUUGCAAUAGAGAGGGGCAAAAGCCCUUUGAUGAGCUUUGUGAGUUUGCAGAUUGAAAUGUUCAAUGUAAUGUUUGACGUCCAUGGAAUGAUGUGCAAAAUGGCUACCACCAUGUUUGAGGAUGAAAAGUUAAUGAAUAGUUUAAAGGCAAAGAACUAUGACCUUGUCCUAACUGAUCCAGCAUGGGGGGCAGGGAUAUUGUUGGCACAUGCUCUUAAACUGCCUCUUGUCUAUAAUGUGCGAUGGAUUACCAGUGGUGAGGGGCAUUUAGCCAUUGCACCUUCUCCUUUAUCCUACAUCCCAAUGACUGGUUCAGGAUUUACAGACAAAAUGACUUUCAUACAGAGAGUUAAAAAUCUUCUUUUCUUUGCCAUAUGGGAAGCCCAGAACACAUUUCUGAUCCAGCCCCAGUAUCAAGCUGUCUGUGAUAAAUUUUUGGGCCCAGGUGUCAGAUACAGUGAUUUAUUACAGGGAGCAGACUUGUGGCUCAUGAGAGUGGACUAUGUGUUUGAGUUUCCUCGUCCCACUAUGCCGAAUGUCAUCUAUAUUGGAGGUUUUCAGUGUAAACCCUCUAAACCGCUUCCCAAACAUUUGGAGGAGUUUGUGCAGAGUUCUGGAGAUCAUGGAUUCAUCAUCAUGUCUCUGGGAACUUUUGUGAAUGAACUUCCUGAUGACCUGGCAAAUAAAAUUGCUGCAGCCUUUGCAAAAUUGCCACACAAAGUCAUCUGGAGGUAUAAAGGUAGCAGACCAACCACUCUGGGUAACAACACUUUACUUGUUGACUGGAUGCCACAGAAUGACCUGUUAGGACAUCCUAAGAUAAAACUGUUUGUGGCUCAUGGAGGAACAAAUGGAGUCCAAGAGGCCAUGUAUCACGGAGUCCCAGUUGUGGGUCUGCCCUUGUUUUUUGACCAAUAUGAUAACCUGCUCCGUCUGCAAGCAAGAGGAGGAGCUAAGAUCCUCUCAAUAGCCACAGUGGACAAAGAUGACAACUUCCUGAAGGCCAUCAAAGAAGUCCUGAACGAGCCGUCCUACAGCAUGAACAUGCAGAGACUCUCCAGGCUGCACAAAGAUCAGCCAAUGACACCCAUGGAUAACGCCCUCUUCUGGAUAGAGUUUGUCAUGAGACACAAAGGUGCCGCUCACCUGAAAGCUCAGUCCUACAAAAUGUCCUGGUAUUCCUACCACUCUGUAGAUGUAUUUCUGUUCCUGACUGGAGCUGUGCUGCUCAUGCUUCUAACUGCUGUCAUCUUUAUAAGGUGUUUGUGCAGAGCAGUCUGUAAAAAGAAGGUAAAACGAGACUAA